AUGGCGGUUUCCGGUAGUCCUAUUGGCGGCUCCACACCUCCACCGCCGCCACAACAGGAACAAGCUAACAAGCUUGGAUUCACAAAACCUAUCUCUCUUGCCGGUCCUACCGCAGCUGAUCUCAAUCGUAACGCCGAACUGGAGAAGUUUUUGGUUGAUUCGGGUCUUUAUGAGAGCAAGGAAGAAUCUGCAUGUAGACAAGAGGUUCUUCGCCGUUUAGAUCAGAUUGUGAAAAGCUGGGUGAAGCUGUUGACCCGCCAACGAGGCUACACAGAUCAGAUGGUCGAGGAUGCAAAUGCGGUCAUUUUCACUUUUGGCUCUUACCGAUUAGGGGUUCAUGGACCUGGAGUGGACAUAGACACUUUGUGCAUUGGUCCUUCCUAUGUAAAUCGAGAGGAGGAUUUCUUCAUCAUUUUGCAUAACAUCCUGGCUGAAAUGGAAGAAGUUACUGAACUUCAACCGGUCCCUGAUGCACAUGUCCCAGUUAUGAAAUUCAAGUUCCAGGGAAUUUCUAUAGAUUUGCUGUAUGCAAGUUUAUCUAUUUUGGUUGUGCCAGAAGACCUGGAUAUCUCAGACGGUUCCAUUCUGCAUGAUAUUGAUGAAAAAACUGUAAGAAGUCUUAAUGGCUGCCGAGUGGCGGAUCAAAUUCUUAAACUUGUUCCGAAUGUCGAGAACUUCCGAACUACGCUGAGAUGUUUAAAGUUUUGGGCUAAAAGACGCGGUGUUUAUUCAAAUGUUACUGGAUUCCUUGGAGGUGUAAAUUGGGCUAUUUUAGUUGCUAGAGUUUGCCAGUUUUACCCUAAUGCAAUCCCUAGUAUGUUGGUUUCUAGAUUCUUCAGGGUCUAUUCACAGUGGCGGUGGCCAAACCCUGUAAUGCUGUGCUCUAUAGAAGAGAAUGAACCACAUCUUCCUAUAUGGGAUCCUCGUAGAAACCAUAGGGACAGGUUUCACAUUAUGCCAAUAAUUACUCCUGCAUACCCUUGCAUGAAUUCCAGCUACAAUGUUUCGACAAGCACUCUUCGUGUUAUGAUGGAACAGUUCCAACAUGGCAACAAGAUUUGUGACGAAAUUGAGCUUAACAAAUCACAGUGGAGUGCACUUUUUAAGCCAUAUGUCUUUUUUGAGGCAUACAAAAACUAUUUACAAGUAGACAUAGUUGCAUUAGAUGCUGUUGAUUUACUGUUGUGGAGGGGUUGGGUAGAAUCCCGACUGAGACAGCUAACCUUGAAGAUAGAGCGAGAUACACAUGGGAUGCUGCAGUGUCAUCCUUAUCCACACGAGUAUGCAGACGCGUCUAAGCCUUGUCCGCAUUCUGCAUUUUUUAUGGGCUUGCAAAGAAAAGAGGGAGUAAGAGGUCAAGAAGGUCAGCAAUUUGAUAUACGUGGAACAGUUGACGAAUUCAGACAAGAAAUUAAUAUGUAUGUAUACUGGAAGCCGGGGAUGGAAAUUUAUGUUUCUCAUAUUCGUCGAAAGCAGCUCCCUGCAUUUCUUUUUCCAGAUGGUUACAAACGUACUCGAAUGCUGAGGCAUAUGAGCCAUGCAGCAGAUAAAACGAGGGAAUAUACCACAAAGUGCUACUCUGGAUCUAGCUCUUCUGAAAGGUGCAUCAAGAGGAAAAAUAGCCAUGAAACGGGGGAUGUGAAGCCAGAUAAACCAGAGAAGCGGACAUCUGUUAGCCCACAGAGGCUAGAGUGUGUUUCACCUGAAAGUUGUACAAGUAAAUUGGAUGGUACACCUCAAAUAAGUAUUGAGUGUAUUGAAGGGGUUAGGCCAGAUGGCUCAACAAUGAAGGACACUGAUAGAAAUUGUGGAAUCAAGUCAUCUCAUAGACUCUUAGGAAGUGAUACAAUUAUUGAAGUAGGUGACAUGCAGAUAAAUGAAACCUGUAUUGUUGACUCCACACAUAGGCUGAAAUCAAGGGAUUUAGAAGUUCAGAAUGAGAAUGGAGUCAACGGGGACAAAGCUCUGGAUCUGGCUUUUGUUUGCUUGGAAAGGGCAGAAACUACAUCUUCAAAAAGCUUGACAAACUGGGAAGAGAGUGCUGUUAAAAUGGAUCAACAGCUAGACAAAGCUUGUAAUUUCACAAGGGCUGAAUGUUCAGAUUAUGCACCAAGUGCCAGCAUCCAGAACCUCAAUUGCGAGACAGAUGUCAGACUCAGGAGUGUAUAA